CUAUCCUUCCUCCGAAUCUCAUCGUCGAGAUUUUCACUGGCCUUCUCAUCUAGAUAUCGCCUAUCGUCUUCUUGAACAUUGCACACAGGCCUACACAGCUCCAUGAAACCAUCUUUCAUGGCAAUUUGGACAACGAUGUGGAGAAGUGAAGGAACAUCUCUCUCUACAAUUAGGGAACCGGGCUGGGCUUUUGGGUCCCGAACUUGGGCUGGUCCAAUUUUCGGUCGUGACAAUUUAUUCUAGGGCCCGGUUUCCGUUUUAAGUCGAAUUUAACGAAGCCCAGCGACGGUAAAGUAAACCCCUCAAAUCAACUCCCUUACCAGUUCUCCCGCCAUCUUCACGAUCGAGCUCAGUUCAUGGAGACUCCGUCGCUUGAAAAUCCGAUCCGGGCAAGGGUAGUGCAGCAGCAGCGGCGGCGGCGUUUGCCUGUCCUUCCUCCGGAUCUCAUCGUCGAGAUUCUCACCUGGCUACCCGUCGAUUCGCUGCUCCGAUUCAGGUCCGUAUCAAAAUGGUUCAAAACCCUAAUCUCCAGUCCUGAUUUCGUUAAAUCACAUCUAAGAAAUACGAAAGCGCUGUCCGCUGUCAAACCGAAUCGCGUUGAUCGGCUGUUCAGGCGGUCGUUGCACUCGUGGUCGCUAGACACAUUGUACAAUGCCCCCGGAAUCGAAGGUGUUGAGCUCGUCGAUACGGUGAAGCGACACCUUAUCAGCUAUGAUUGGGCCGUUGGGUCAUGCGAUGGGAUGCUAUGCUCUGUUGGGUGGUACUCCAGGAUGGUCGUAUGGAACCCAUCUACCGGAAUCGUCAUGGAAUUGUCCUUGAAAGACUUGCCGGAUGUUGCUUCAACUGAAGAGAUGUUUGAGAUUAGCAGGGUUUUUGGAUUUGGUUAUGAUUGUCAGCUUGAUGAUUACAAGGUGGUAGCGAUGAUCUCCUAUCCAGCUGAGAAUCGUACUCGACAUGACGAGUUCGAAACUCUAGUCAAAGUCUUUGCUCUCAAAACUACAUCCUGGAGGAGGGUUGACAAUUUCAAGCAUGGGCUUCCGAUUGGGAAUGGGACGUUUGCUGCUGGCCGACUUUACUACAAAGUGCGCAGUUUUGAUGCAGGGAAUCUUGAGCGGAAGGACACCCUAUUCUCACUCGACCUUGCAACAGAGAAAUUUAACAAGGUGAAGCUACCUGAUUUCGACGAGGCUGCUACUACUCUUUGGGAGCUGGGAUCAUUUGCUGAUGACCGUCUAUAUCUCACUUGUUCUUAUGGUAAUUCAUGUGAGGUAUGGGUGAUGAAAGAGCCUAGAGUCAUGGAAUCUUGGACUAAGCUGUUCAGGGUCGAUCAGCACGAGGUCAAUGCACAAUCACUCGCUCCUCUGUAUAUUUCGGAUAAUGGUGAGGCUCUAUGGAAGAAUGGUGCCGAUUUGUUCAUUUACAAUUCCAAGGACAACACUUUCAGGUUUCCUAGAUCGAGAGGUUUGUCGGAUCCUAACAAUCGCGAGGUGAUCUACAUGGAGACCUUAGUUUCGCCCAGAAUGGAUAAUUAGCCACGGGUGAGGUAAGUAGUUUUAACCCGACUAGAUCAUCUAUUUUGCAUGGACAUGAUGAACACUGCUGCAAAAGUAUACUACAGGAUCACUCACACAGAGCUUUUGCAACAUUGAAACCUCUAUGGUUGUGGAAUGUGAAAUUGCUUGAUCUACUGUUUCCUCUGGAGAUUCUGCAACCUGCUUUUUCUUUCCUUUUCCCUGUUCUAUGUUAGUAUAACCACUAUUUUAGUUACAGCACAGCGACAUGAGUUGAAUUUACUUGUGGCAAUGGUGCAUACUUUUGAAGUUUGGACAAAAUGUUGAUGAGGUCAUUUAUUCAUAUGAGUUACUUGCAUAUACAUAAUUAGCUGCUGAUUAGGGAUUGAUAAUGACAUUCCACCUGUGGUUUCUUCACCUGCUCUCUUCGUCCCGUAUCUAAAUGUAGAACCGCAGAUGAUGAGAGGUAAUUAAUAUAGCAGCUUGUGAAGUGCUUCUAAUUAGCUAUAACUAAUUAGUCUCUGAUGAUAAUGGUAAGUAUUGAAUGCAAUUCUCAUUAAGAAUGUCAACUCAUUAAUUUAACGAAUCAUUGGUCUAGCGAUACCAGCAGCAGGUGAUUAGUUCUAUUUCUAUGAUUGUGAACCCUUUUUCCCCUUUCCCUUUGGUGCAUCUAUUGACGAAAACAACUUCAACUCUGUGUAAAAUCCAGUUCUCAUCUCCUUUCAAAUCUCAUCGAUUGAGUGCAUUCUGUGAAGGCCAGUAUUAAUAUGCAAACUCGUCGCGAGUACAUUCUUUCGAGAUGAAAACUAUCACUAACUCGAUUGUCCGAGUGUAGUCUCGAGCGUCAAUGCCUGUAAAUCUAGGGGUUAUUGCACUGCAUGGAUUGCUCAUCCCCAAUGUAGGAUCGAAUAAUUAGGUUGGAUUAUCACGACCCAUAAAUCUGAACAAAGUGAAGUUUGGCAAGCAAGAACAAUUUCCCUCUUGUUAUGGCUUUUUCCUCUGGCUAGCUGUAGUUUCCCAAUAUGAGCUCCAUUGACAAAGUUCCCAAGUAUGCAAGAAAAGGGUGGUUGAAAAAGAUGAUCACAUGGUAAUUAAAUGUGAGUUCAACAACUAUGGUAUAAUGUAAAUAUGUCUCUUUGCAGAAAUUGGGUAGCUUUUUAUCUAUUGAGUUAUCAAAUUGCCUUUUACCUCAGCAAUUUUACCGUUACAGGAAAGUUUUGCUUUAUAAGGGAUUGUUUGAUGUUAUCUAUGUUUUAAGGGUUAAAAACAAACAUACACGUCAAACUAGUUAAGCCAGCUGACUAAUGGUUACAUAUGAUAAAUUCAGGUCGAAAACGAAUAGCUACCAACAACAACCAUAUGUGAUAUGAUAUGUAUCAAUAUUUUGAGUAUGUCAAAUUGGGUCAUUCCAAUUAUUUCACUUUCUAAUGAAUCAAAAUGCUUUGGUGUUAGCAUGAAGUCAAUGGGUACAAAAUGUUUUUAAGAAUGAAGUUUAGGGUUAGAAAAUUCCCUAAUUCAAACGACUUGAACAUACGCAAUAUACAUCCUCGAGAUAUGAUCCGCGGUCAAAUUACUGAAGAUUGAGUUGAAUCUUUCUGGUUUCAAUCAUCUCAUCGCAAAAUGUUUGCAAAAUCCUAACAAAUGAUCUUUGUAUCCAAGAUUUUGCUCACAUGUUGUAAAAAAAGGUCCUAAACUAUAUGUACUUUCACCAACUAUCCCACCUAUAUAGAAUCUUAUUUGCAUGUGGUCCAACGAAUCACCAACACAAAUAUUUUCUCAGGCAAAAUUCCCAUGGAUUCAGUAGGCAACUUGCAAUUCGAACCCCUAAUUUUUUUUUGUAGAUAUAAAACGUUUUGAGGGAG